CGCAAAAGUUCAGUUUCUCAGUGUCGCUCAGUGUGAACGGGUUUCUCGGGUUCUCGUUAUCGCAAAUAAAAGCAAAUAAAAUUAAGAAAAAAUCAGAAAUAUUUCGUAUAGAAAAGUGAUAAGGACAUCUACAUAAUACUAGCUACAACAAUAUGAGGCGACAGACGCAUCUCAUGCUGCUGGCACUUACCAUCGGAUCUCUGUGGAUGUCAGCACACGGCGGCGAGACGAGCAGCGAUUAUGAGAACGACUACGACGAAGAUGACCCAGCGCGCGCACCUGGCAACUUGGCCAAGUCCACAGCUGCGCCAGUGGUGCCCUACUUCAACCAGAAGACGGCGGUUGUCCAUGUGGAUGCGAAUGCGAGCAAUGUGAAGAUCGACUGUCCGGUCAAGAACUAUGACGCCAAACACCAUGUUAUUCUCUGGUAUCGCGACGAGACGCUGGUCAUGAACGGCGUCCAGCCGGUGAUCGACAUCUAUAAGCUGGACAGCCAAUUCGUGCUCGAUGUGCCGUUGGCCAAUGCAACGGGUCACAUCUUCCACUGCGAGGUGCAGCCCUCGGGUGUGCGGCGCGCCAUCACCGUUAAGCUGGGACCAACGCCAGCCAGCCCACAGCCAAACUCGACGCCGGCUAGCGCCAGCGCGGCGCCAGCCCUCAGCUGGUCCACAGCCGUGAAGUGCCUCCUCCUCAGCGCACUUAUCCUUGCACAGUUUUAAGGAAACAGCGUCACUCCAAUGUGGAACACAUUUACCUAAUGAAUGCACCACCGGCACCAGGACUUACUGAACAGCGCACAAUCAAGGACGAGCUUGCAUCCAAAUAGUUAAACCCGAGCUGAUUUCGCAUUAGCAAAUGCCUUGGUUCCAUUCCCCCAUCAAGUGGACGUUCAAUGGAUUGCUUCUAUAAUUAGGUGUUGCUUUAUUACUGUAGUAUAGCCAUAAGAGAUAAUAUAUAGUCUGUAUAUAGGCCUAUAUACACGUGUUGAACUAAACUGCUUUAUUGUAUGUGAAUGUGUCUGAAAAUGCUUGACAAACAUAGGAAUUUACAGUUAACUUUGUUAGUAUUGAUCAAAUUUAGUUGCCUUGGUUAAGAGUUUGUUGUUUCAGCAUCAAAGAUCUAUGAACUCGUUUACUUGAAAUACUUUUAAGAAACUAGCUUAAAACAUAAGAUUC